AUGGGGAACAGCAUUGGAAGGAAGAGGACGGCGAAGGUGAUGAAGGUGGACGGGAGCACGACGAACGUGAGGCCGCCGGCGACGGCGAGGGAGGUUCUACGGGACCACGCGGGGCACGUUAUCAUGGAGUCCGAGCAGGUGAAGCAGCUAGGGUUUCAGGCACAGCCCCUCGACCUGGAGGCGCCGCUCAAGCCAGGGAAGCUCUACUUCCUCUUCGAGCUCCCAAAAGCGCCGCCGGCUGCCGCCCGAGGCCCCGCCCGCCGGGUCAAAUCCGCCAUCGCCGGCAUCUCCGCCGCCGACCGCCUCGAGGGCCUCAAACUCACCCGCCGGUCUUCCUCCGACGUCUCCUACUUCCCCGUAGCGGGCUCCUCUGCCGCCGCAGACGACGGCGGCUCCCGGAGGACGGUCCGUAUCAGGCUUCCCAAGGCGGAGGUGGCGCGGCUGAUAGAGGAGAGCAGAGACGCUGCCGAGGCGGCGCAGAAGAUGGUGGAGCUCGUCGGCGCCGCCAGCGGCUCUUCUUCUUCCUCCGGGGAGCUGCCGGCGACGAAGAAGGAGGUAGCCGCCGUCCCUCUCAUCGUUUUUAUUCCGUCCUCGUCGUUGACUGCUGCUCUUCGGCACUUGAAUACUCUAACCAGCGACACAGAAAAAAGGACUGGCGAUUUUUUCUAUUAUUUCUAUUACAAUCUCACGUUUUCUUUUUUCCUGAAUUACAUCUAUUUAUUUUCUUCGCAAUACGGUGCUGUGAUCGCAGCGGGAAAAAUAGAUGAAAAAUAUGAAAUCCCAUUUUUGCUUUAUUAUAUUCUUAGAAAAUAUCUGGCUCAUUUUUUCUCAUAUGAAAAUUACAGAAAAGGACGAUAUUCCCGUGGCUCAUUUCUAUUAUCUUUCGUCCAAUCUAUCGCUCUCCGUUACUGAAUUCCGUCUUUUUUUUUUAUUCCAAUGCAUGAAAAAUAUAAAAUCCCUUUUUAACUUUAUUAUAUUCUUAGAAAAUAUCUGGCUCAUUUAUAUCUCCAUUGGAAAUUACAGAAAAGGACGAGAUUCACGGAACCACCGUUGGAUGAUGAUCGGAGGGCAAGCUGA